UCCGUUUGAUUUUUAAUUUUUUUUGUUUUGGAGAGUUCUUGGCAUCCCUACAUACUGUAUCUAACGUUAACGGAUUUAUUGGCAACAAAUAUUUGAACUUAGCGAAUAGCUAUUUUAUGGCUGUUCGCUGAAUGGAUGUUUUGAACCUGUAAUAAAAUAAAUACAUAAUAAUUACAUUGAAUACUCGGACAUAGAAAAGAUGAGUGUUAUAAUUCGUUUGCAAAAUUUGCCGUGGUCGGCAAAUGCAUUGGAUAUACGGCAAUUUUUCAAAGGUCUUUCAAUACCGGAUGGAGGCGUUCACAUUGUCGGUGGUGAAAUGGGCGAUGCUUUUAUCGCAUUCAGCACCGACGAGGAUGCCCGCCAAGCAAUGAUGCAUGAUCGUGAAAAAAUCAAUGAGGUUCAAGUACGUUUAUUGCUUUCCUCACGCGCUGAAAUGCAAAAAGUUAUAGAAACUGCACGUCAGCAGUCGCUGCUAGCCCUCAAGAAUGCUGCUGCUUUGUCAAGCAUCAAAGCCCCCGUGUCGUCACCGGUUUUACCCACACCACAACCACCAGUUAUUACCCACAAUAGUUUACAUAAUAUACUUUCCAGUGCUGCACCAUCAUUUUUGGCUUACCAGAAACAAGCUGGUAUCACUUUGAUAGAAAAUCCCCAUGAAAACAGCCCCACUGAAAUAAAAGAUACAUAUCGUAGUAGCGUUGAAAAAAGUCGCGAUCGUCGUCGCUCCGCAUCGCGUGAUCGCCGUCGAUCACGUUCACGUGACCGCAGCGAUCGAAGUGAUCGUGGCAGUUCACGUCGAGGUCGGCGUGAUAGAAGUCACUCCCGAUCGCGAGAUCGCGAUUGGAAGAGUCGACGCUCUAGCCGACGUUCACGCAGUCGAGAGCGUAGUCAUGAUCGGAAUCGGGAACGUAGCACCGAUCGUAAUCGAAAUUCGAGUCGUAGCACUGCAAAUAAUAAAGAGCGUGACAAUGGCCACCAAUCCAGUAAGUCUAUAAGAGACAUAGCGAGUAAUAAAAUUGGCAACAAAUUACCGGAUACAAAUGAAAGUGUCAGCGCUAAAGUGGGCAGCAUUCCCUCUUGGGGAAUACCUGCCAUGAAUUCGUACCAAACAAAAAGUUCAGAUAAUAAUGCAACAGCUCUAAGCAACUCUGCCACAUUUGGUGUAGCAGCCACUGGUAUGAAUAGUAUGUUAAAUCCCUUUAGUAUGGGCGGUGCAAUUCCAGGCAUACGUAGCGCUCAGAUAGCGAACUCCUACACCAGCACCGCUGUCAAUAAAAGCCCAGAUUCUCAAGCUAACCUGAGCUCCGUAAAUAUACCAGCCGCCAGCAUGGUACCAGCAUUCCAAAGCUAUUCUUCUUCAGUCUCAACCACUAACAACUACAGCAUCAAUUUGUUCAACUCGAAUUCGAACAGUAGCGACUCUGCCAAACCUUUUGCUUUGCAAAACCCCUACACAGCAGCAGUUCAACAAGCAACAAUGAAUACCAACUCGGUAGACUCGACUAGUUCCGCAUCCGGUAGUCCCACGCAACAGAGCAGCAACACAAUGUUCCCUGGUCUCAGCUUAAUGGACAAGAAACCGGAUCUUAAAUUGCCACAAGCAGAUUCAACCAUUUCCACAGCUACGGUGCCGCCCGGCGGUCAGUUACCGCAAGAGCCAAUCGCUUUCGCCAAUACAAACCCAUAUGCACAGAUGUAUCCCAAUCUGUUUGCACAAGCCGCUGCUGCCAGUGUUGGCAAACUGAGUAGCAUUCAACAGAAAACACGCGAACCAGAAAUGCAGCGGUCAAAAGAGACAUCGAAGGAGAGUUGCUGCCUCAAGAUUAGCAACAUGUGCAGCAGUACGACCUACAGCGACAUACNCAUGAUGCGCAACCAUACGUUGCUGAAGUCGAAGCCAGUUAAAAUGGAGAUUGUGAGCGAUGAUGAAUUCGAGCAAGCCGAGGACAGUUUUCGCCCUCAAGGACGAUUCGAGCGUAGUGAUCGCAGUGAGCGUAACUAUCAAGAUAGUCGUAGUGACUACGAUCGUCACGACGAUGAUGGUGAUGGUGGAGAAUCGAACUACCGCGGUGAUCGUGGGGGAGCUUUUGACAAUGAAUUGAAAGAUGAACCAUACACCGUACUCUGCAUUGAAGAUAUACCCAAUGCGGGAGCUGAGCACGAUAUUAUGCGUAUGUUCUCAUCGUAUGCUAUAGAUAUACUCCUAACACCGAGUCGCGAAAAUAGGCGGGAAUUCAAAGGGCAUGUGCUAUUCUCACGCGCUGAAGAAGCUAAAGCGGCAUACGAGGAUAGAUCUAGACAUACGAUUGGCUAUCGGAAAGUUCGUGUGCGUCCAUGUACGGUAGAGGAAAUGGAGAGAGAAAAAGAGAAAGUACGUUUGGCGAAUGAGCAAUUGAUGAAAGAAGAGGAAGCCUUGGCUGAGGCGGAGGCAGAGGCAGAGGCAGAGGCGGAGCGGCUCAAAGAAGAGGAAAAUCAAGGAGGAGAGGAUGAUAUGGAUGUAGCGGAUGAUGCGAGUAGCGUUAAUGGCGGCGAAGGGCCGAAAAACGACGAGCAAAGUGAACCGAACGUGUUGUCGGACCCCAGGAAUCCCAAGAUACCAAGUCUUUUCGAUCUACCUGGAAGCAAUAAUGAUAACAGUGUGUCAAGGCGCGAUGCCGAAGUUAGUAGUGCACCAAGCGAUCCACGUCUGCGCCGACAAAAACCCAGUCGUUUCGAACCCUUAAAUCCGGCGGAUCAAAUUAGUCGAAAUUUGAAUGUUAACAGCAUGGAUAUGGGUAUGAAUAGCAAUAUCGGCGGCAACAUGGGUAUGAGCAGCAACAUGGGCAUGGGCGGCAACAUGGGUAUGAGCAGCAACAUGGGCAUGAGCGGCAGCAUGGGAAUGAACCCCAACAUGGGUAUGAGCGGCAGCAUGGGAAUGAACCCCAACAUUGGCAUGAGCGGCAGCAUGGGAAUGAACCCCAACAUGGGCAUGAGCGGCAACAUGGGAAUGAACCCCAGUAUGGGUAUGGGCGGCAACAUGGGAAUGAAUCCCAAUAUGGGUAUGGGCGACAACAUGGGUAUGAAUUCUAAUGAGGGUAUGAACAUGAAUAGUGGUGAUAAAUUCAUGCCGUCGCUAAUGAACAACAACAACAACAACGACAGCGGCAGCAGCAGCACCAACAUGACGUUCAACGACAACCCAAUGCAUAACAAUUUUAUACUCAUGAAAAACUGUGACUACAAUACGCGCAUGAAUGAUAUCGCUGAGUUAUUACAGAGGGAAUUUUUACGUCUGAAACAUAUUGAGCUCCUGCGUGGUGAUCGCAAUAUGCCGACUGGUGAAUUCAUUGUCGAAUUUCAAAAUGAACGUGAUGCCGAGAUAGCCAUACGCCAAUUUAAUAACUCGACGUUCCGGCAACGCAAACUACGCAUACGUUCGAUUAAGCCGCAAGAGAUCGCUGACCGCAUUGGCAAGCCUUUCAUGAACUUUUAUCCCGGCGGCGGCGGCGGUGGUUCAGGCGGACGUCCAUUCGAAAGAAACCCAUUUUCAGGCAAUAGCAACAGCAUGUCGCCGCUUAACGAUGGACCGUCGUCGUCGACGAUGCCUUUUAGCAGUAGCGCUGGCGGACGCUAUGGCGAUAAAAACAUGAACAACGACAGCAACAGCAGCAACAACAACAAUAGUCGUGGAGGUGGUCCAAUGAUGAAUCGCGGUGGCCGCGGUAACAUUGGCAGUGGUGGCAGUGGUGGCGGUGGCGCGGGUAGUAGUCGCAAUGAUCAUAUGGGCAGUGGUAGUAUUCGGCAUCGAGGUGGUCGCCACAAUAAUAGUGCAUCCAGCCGUGAUAGUCAUAAUUCCGAUCAGGAGGAGGAUAUUCAAACCAUCGAUGACAGCAGCAAUGAUGUUACCAGCGCUGACAAUGGCCCUAGCGGUAAUAAUGGUGAUGAAAAUGGCGGCAUACCUGAAAAAUUUGCGCGUCCCGGCUGUGUUGUAGCCAUGGAGAAUGUACCUUACAAGGCUGAACUUAAUGACAUAUUGAAAUUUUUCGCUGGUUUCGAUCUUACACCCGAUGACAUUAUAAGACGAUUCAAUGAUGAUGGUACAGCGACGGGUGAUGCACGUGUGGCAUUUGCAACACCAUCUAUGGCACGUACAGCAUACAAUUCACGACGAAGAAAACAGAUUUUUAAUCGGACCAUACGUUUGGCAUUGCUUUAGGAUGGUGUGUAGAAAGAAGAGGGUAGUUGUGGUUGAUUGUAUAUAGCGGGUGGGAUCUACAUAUACAUAUGUACAUAUUUUAAUGUAUUUAAAACAUUCAUACAUAUACGUAUGUAUUAACUUAUAUGUUUAGAAUUUAGUUGAAGGACGUCCUAUUUGAGAAUUCGUUUCAAAAACGCCCUAUCUCAGCUGCCGAUUCGGAGACGCCCUAUAUCAGCACAUUUUCAAUACAAUUUGAAGUGAGAUAGGGCAUUUUUGAGCCGAAUUCUGAGAUACGCCGGAUCUUCCACUCAGCAGUCGAUAUCGUCCCCCUUAUGCCAGAGGCAUGGAUGUGUAAAUUUACCAAUUUUGAGUUAUUGGGUUGACUUGGAUGUUUUAUGUUACACCAAAACCCAGAAUACUAGUUAAGUACUAGGUUAAGAUCUUCAUUUAGUUAAUGUUUAAAAUAUUUGUAUUUUGUAAAUACGAAAAUACGCUGUAUGAAUGAGUUGAUAUCCAGAGCUAUCACUGAAUUCAUCGUGGUACGAAAAUGCGAUCACUGCAUUCACAGUUCGUUCGUAGCUAUUCGGAUUCAGUGAUCGCAUUUUCGUGGAUUUCCCGAAAAUCGGAGUACGGUAGAUUCAACGAUAGCCCAGAUUAUAUUAUUGGCAGUGGCAUACCAAACUUUUCAAACAUUUUUAUACAUACAUAUACUUAUAUACUAAGCUAUUUAUAUUGCAUUUGAAUAAAAGAUUUAAUUUCUAUUUAAUUAAGACAGUUCAAAAACUACUUAGGGCCGCUUCCGCGGUGUAGAGUUAACUCUAAUGUGGCUGUUAAUUUUUGUACUUAAAAUCGAGAGCUAACUGCCGAAUAAGAGUUAACUAUCCACUGUGAAAAUGCAUAAAUUUUUUUUUUUAAUGACAAUGAUGUUUUCAUAGGGGUAUUCCGUUUCCUCUCAAGCUCUUAACUUUAAUUUUCUUAAAUUUAUCAUCUUAAUAGUAUGUUUAAAAAAAAGGAAUUAUUAGAAUAACACAUACAUACAUACAUAUGUACAUAGUACAAUAUUUUAUAUCACUUAUUGCCACUUACGAAUUAUGUAUGUACUUUAAUAUUUAGAGGUUUACACUUAAGUUCUAUCUAAUCGUAAAUCACAUAAAAAAAAAUCAUACAUACAUACAUACAUACUUAUGUAAAUAAGUCAUAUAUUCUCAGUGUUCCACAUUAAGUUUUUAAUAAAUAAUAAAUUGAUACUAUU